GUGUGCAUCUGAUGGCGCGCCGCCCGUCGCUCGCGUCUCUGGCCCCGUCCCGCCCUCUGCUCCGGCAGCCGGCCGCCGCUCGGCCACAGCGGCCAUGAGCCUCAUGUCGCCCUUCACCGCCAGCGAGCCGCGCUUCGUCCCGUCUGCCUCUGGCGGCGCGUCGCAAGCAGCACCAGGGUCGUCGUCGCAGAUCUCGCCGCCGCCCGCCUCGCGCGCCUACCAUCCUCGCCGCUCGCUGGCGCACCGGCCCAGUCUGCUCGGCCUCGGCAUUGAUGCGCCCGGCUUCGACGAUGUCGAGCUCGAUGCUCCUGCGCCAGCGUCCAGUGCAGCACGCACAAAGUACGACUUUGAGGCGCCGGGCGAGUCGUACGACGAGGAGCACACGGGCCUCAUGCGUGGCUCAGACGUGGAGCUGGGCGCUGCGGCGUCGCAGACGACUCUGCCGCUCUAUGCGGCACCACGACGAGACAGCGGCGCUUCUCGCGGUGCGGAACAGCGCCUGGCGCGCGGGCAAGCGCUCGGCUUUGAGCCUGUCACGCCGCGCGAGAAGAUGUGGAUGUGGACCUCUGUCGCGCUCGUAGUGGUCCUCACGCUCGUGGCCGUCGGUGAGUGUAGCGCGGGCAAGCAGAUGCGGGCUACAGGCUCACGCGCUUGUGUUCCAGCCAUCUCGUUAGACUGGAUCGACUGGCCGGGCGACGGCAUCGGCGAGGCCUGAGGCACCGGCCGCGAUAGACGUUUUCUUCCUCUCAUCGAUACCCUUCAAAAGCGCCCCGAGCAUCUGCCGACGCCUUCCCUA